GUUUCUUCUUGUAUUGCUAAGCCACUUUGCUUUUUAUUCACUACUGAAACAAAAAGGUUUAAAAUAUUACCCCUCAUCGUAUCAACCCAAAUUUUUCUCAGAAGUCAGUGAGCUCACUGUGUGGAAACAUAAUGACAACCUCAGUGCUUUUGCAUACAAGAGUAUUAGUUACUAGCUUGGCAAACUAACCACGUGCCAAAUGUUGUGCAUGUCUCCGUAGAGCCCCAUACUCGUCAUUAAAACAGAAGUGUGAAAACCAGAAACUUCAAACAUCAGCAUUUCAUUUCAGUUUUGACUUUGAACCCCAAAGGACAAGUCUAUUAUUGAGUUUUGGAUAACUCUUUAGUGUUUGAUGCUGAAUGUCAACAAUGUUGAACACCACCAGAGGUCUUUCGGAAAUCAUAUCACCCAGUGUUUUCAGCACAACAGAAUAUGAUUACUCUGAUGUUGUGUCUUCUCAACCGUGUGAGUAUGGAUACCAUUCAAGACGUUUUCUCCCUGUGCUCUACUCCCUGUUCUUCGUGGUGGGCAUCCUGGGAAACAUGCUGGUGCUGUGGGUGAUCCUGAGGGGCCCUCAGAUGAAAAGCAUGACUGAUGUGUCUCUCCUGAACCUGGCCAUCGCUGACCUUCUACUAAUCUUCUCUCUCCCCUUCCUGGCUCACUACGCCAGGGAUACCUGGGUUUUUGGUAGAGCCAUGUGCACUCUGGUCCUCAGCGUGUACUACAUUGGAUUUUACGCCGGCAUUUUCUUUAUUGUGUUGAUGAGCAUCGACAGAUACUUGGCUGUCGUCCAUGCUGUGUUUGCCUUGAAAAUCCGAACGAAGACUUAUGGGAUUUUAGCCAGCCUUGUAGUCUGGAUUAUAGCUAUUGCAUCAUCAUUUCCUGAGCUGCUGUAUCUUGGAGUCACAGAAAAUGGGACUGAAGUAGUUUGCAGUGCUUAUCCAAAAAUUCAAGAAAGUCACAAUGAUGUGAGAAGUGCAGCUUUCUUUAAAAUGAAUAUUUUGGGAAUGCUGAUUCCACUGAGUAUUGUGGGAUUUUGCUACUCAAUGGUCCUACAGAAGCUCCAGACCCUUCGUAAAUCAGGGAAAUUGGCCAUUCGUCUUGUUGCUGUGGUCAUGGUGGUGUUCUUCUGCUGUUGGAUACCGUACAACAUUGCAGCAUUCAUCAAAGCACUGGAAAUGAAGCAUAUCCUGCCUCCAGAGUGUGAGCUCAGCAAAACAAUCCAGCUCAUGCUGCAAGUCACUGAAGCUAUAGCGUACUCACACAGCUGCCUCAAUCCAUUCCUCUAUGUGUUUGUGGGGGAAAAGUUCAGGAGGAACCUUGCAAAGCUCCUCCUCCAGACACCAUGCGUCAAAGUGCAGUGUAUGAAGCACCACAUGACCCGGGCCGCAGGCUCAGUGUAUUCCCGGACAUCAAGCGUGGACGAACGCUCAGUUACGAAUCUGAAUGGAGGAACAUGAAGUCUUUUUCUAUGUAUAAAUUACUCCCAUUUUAUGCUGUAUGUACUAUUUAAAAUGUGAGAGCUUCUAUUUGCAUGUGUUAUAUAUCCCUGCUUUUAGGUAAAGAUUACCAUAACAUGCUCUUUUUUAAAUGUUUUGUACACUCUCAGAGUGAUAUCAUUACCUUCUGUACCUUAAAUGUGUGUCUUCCUCAUAUAAAUGCAUAUGUAGUGUACCUUUGAAAAGAUUUAUAGUAAAUAAUUGUACUGUAAUAAAGUCUGGAUUAUACUUGCUUUUAACUAC